CGGUCGAUCUUUUAAUCACAGGCAGACACCUUUCUCGUCUUCUCUGGUGGUUGUCGGCAUAUGAAGGUCCAGCGGCCCUAUCCACCGGCAUGCCAGAAGAUACUUCUGCAGUAGUUGCGUGGAAGGGUGCCUGCCUGCGAUUCAAUUGAUGGCAGACAUGCAGAGGAGAUCGCAUGUGCUGGUGCUCGCUGUGGUCGUCUUCCUCCACGUGUGUUUGUUGUGCCGGCUGUGGAAGCAACGUCGCAAGUGGAGGGCGUCAACGAAACGGAAGGCAGGGGAACGUCCGAUGGCGGGCAUGCAGGCACGCGCGGUUCUGGCUGCAGGUCAGGGCGGAAGACGACCUGCGACGGCGGAGCCUCCACGGUUGUACGAACCGUCCAUGUACACCCAUCUAGAGUCGUGGGAGACGCCACUGCCCCCGUCGGACGAGGAGCCGGAGACGGAAGAACUUCCAACGUUGCCUCUCACCAGCAGGUCGACACAGUUGUUGUCGCAGACGGUGCGAGCAGGUGGGUCGGCAAGCAAUGAAGGCGGCGAGUUCACCUCACUCCUGCACCAAGGCUUGGGAGACGACGACGACGGAGGACUUGAUCUCAGGUUCGGGUUGUGUUCUGGCGGCGCUAGGGAGGCGAGCCGUACGUUCAUCAUCGACGUCGAUCCUUCGCCACGUGGCCUUCAACAUGCUGGAGGUGAGCAUACAGAGCAGUCCAUACUUCGUGGCGGUGCGUCCGUUACUGGCGGAGUCAAGCCAUCGCCAGCAGCCCAGCAGCAUGGAUCGACUGCACCGUCCGCCGAUCGAUUGGCAAGUACCUGGCCCGCAAACACUGGAGUCGCAGUCGGGUCCCUGCGCAUCGGCGAUGCACGUCCUUCGAUGCCCAACCGCACAACGUCGACCCAACCCGACCUAAGGGACAAGGGCGCCCACAUACCACCGGUGCGUCCAGGACCCACUGUGGAGAACAUCACACGAGGAGUGCCAAACAUGCGGGCACACAACGAUGGCGGCGACGACGAUGGUGGUGGCGAUGACGAUGCCGAUGAAGGAUUCAGGGAGGUUGUGGAAGCAUGGGACGACGACGACGACAUUCCUAUUCCUGUCUCUUAUACACAUCUAGAUGUGUAUAAGAGACAGACGUCGACCCAACCCGACCUAAGGGACAAGGGCGCCCACAUACCACCGGUGCGUCCAGGACCCACUGUGGAGAACAUCACACGAGGAGUGCCAAACAUGCGGGCACACAACGAUGGCGGCGACGACGAUGGUGGUGGCGAUGACGAUGCCGAUGAAGGAUUCAGGGAGGUUGUGGAAGCAUGGGACGACGACGACGACAUUCCUAUUCGGCCUUUGGGGAAGACGGGUGGGAGGGGGAAAGGACGCAGCAGAGGUGCUGUUCGUGCCAAUGGUCGAUCCGUUGGCUGUGGCGGCAGAGGUGGCGUCAGCGACGGCGGCGGGAAGUCUGCGACGUACUGGUCUCCGGAAGACCAAAUGCUCCUGGUGAGAUGCAAGCGGGAGCACGAGAUGCACCUCGUCGGGCUGGGUCACAAUUACGGGCGGAUGCGGACCAAGGAGUGGAAGUGGGACGACAUUGUGAAGCGCAUGGCGAACGCGGGGAGGCCUAAAGACGCCGACGACUGCAUGAAUAAGUGGGACAAUCUCUUCCAAAACUACAAGAAGAUACAGAUGUUUCAUAAUGUCAGCGGCCAGACAAAUUUCUUCAGGCUAUCGAAUGAAGAAAGGAAGGAGCACAACUUCAAGUUUCGGAUGGAGAGGGUGUUGUACAACAAGAUCCACGCAGGCAUGCUGGGGAACCAUACAAUUUUCCCUCCCAACGUCGCCGACACCGGCAGUCCGGACGGGGUGCAGCUGCCCAGGCGAGGAGCGGUUGGUGGGGAGUCUGUUUUUAGUGAGGCCGGUGGUUACGGCUGCCCUGAAGAACGUUCUUCUGCGAGGGUCUCCGACAACAACGCCGGAAGUGGGGUUGGAGGCGGGAAGCGAAAGAAUGCGCGUCAACAGGUGUUGGAGUCGAUUGCUGAUGUCAUGGACCGCCAUGGCGAGCUGAUGUCGACGACGAUCAAUUCGUUUAGCAAGCGGCAAUGCAGCCCUGGUUGGUGACACGUGUAACAGACGUUCAGAUUGCCAGGGAUCCCUGCGGGAGGCGGUGUCGAAGCCAGUCCGUGUUGAAGCGGCGCAGCACGCACAGCUAUUGGUCGCAUCGACCUCAUCAUCGCUUCUAUUCGAACAUUGUGUUCCCGCCGUUCCUUUUUGCUUUCCUCAAUCAAACUUAAGUAACCAG